AUGUCAGUUGUCAAUUAUGAGGAGGAGGAGCUUUUCCCACUCUCAUUCGCCUACACUCACACAGAUGCCCGCAUGAGCAGUGUCAGUCGAAGCGUGGAUGAGUACGCUAAUAGCGUAGAUAUGUUACCACCGCCACUGCUUGCCGAGAGCCCCAGCGGACUGGAAUUAAGCGAUACAGAAUUGGACGAUGAAAUGACCUACCAACAGCAAUUGGUGGGAUCACCGCUGCUAUACACUUCCGAAAGACUGGCGUCAAGCCCUGAGCAGUACAACAAACACGGUUUUCUAAUAAGACCCCCAAUUGAACAAGUGACGGUGCCGAUAACGAAGGGUGUAGAUAUGGACAGUGGUACGAGUGAUACGGGCGAUGAAUUCGCCAAUGCCGCACAACAAAAUUACAGACUCUGGUUGAAAUCAUUCUAG